AUGCCCCAGGACGAAGCGCACUACAACACGAUCCACAGUCACAUGGUCGUCGAGCGCGCAUUUGGGCUUUGGAAGAACAAGUUUCGUGUUUCCAAGACUGAGCUGCUCCAACAUCGACCGAGCGACAUGGUGCGCCUGAUUGAAGUAUCCUUGGUGUUUCAUAACUGGUUCAUUGAAUUCAAUGAGGAGUUGGAUAACUUCGAACCCGAGUUCUUCCCCGAGUGGAUGCACAUCGGUGGCGACACAGUCUUCGAUGAGGAUCUGAACCAUGUCGAUGGUGCACCUGCAAAACGCGCUCGGGAUAUGAUCAAGCUACCAUAA